UUAGUAGUAUAAAAUAACCAAGACAUUACUACACAUUGCAUUGGCAGUGGAACUAUUAUCUGCUAGAAAGUGGAAAUUAAAAACCAUGGGAGAUUUGGUAGAAAACAGAGAAUGGUAUGUAGCUGCUUAUUGUCCUGAAGGUGUUCCAACCUCAGAUCAUCUCAAACUCCGCACCGUCUCUCUUUCUCUUGCCUCCGAUUCAAUCCCCGAUAACCAUUUAGCCGUUGAAACUCUUCUUCUUUCCGUUGAUCCAUUUCUUCGCGGAACAAUCACUGGCACUGUCGAAGGCCUUUUUAUUUCACAAUUUCAGCUCGAUCAGGUGCUUACAACAUUUGCAGUUGUAAGGGUAAUUCGGUCAAAGGAUAGUAAAUACAGUGUGGGAGAUCUCCUUUUGAAUGGAUAUGGUCUCGUUGCUGAGUAUAGUAUUGUGCCUUCUUCUCACAUAAUUAGAAAAAUUGAUACUUCUAAUGGGAUUUCUUUGUCUGAUUAUCUUGGCUCUUUAGGAGUACCAGGGUUUGCAGCAUGGUUGGGAAUAGAGGUGUUAGGAGACCCAAAACCAGGAUCUAAUGUAUUCAUUUCUGCUGCAUCUGGUGCUGUUGGUAUGAAUGCUGGCCAACUUGCUAAGAUUCGAGGAUGUAGGGUCAUUGGUAGCACUGGCUCUGAUGAUAAGGUGAAUCUAAUUAAAGAACAAUUUGGAUAUGACGACGGAUUCAACUACAAUACAGAAUCAGAUUUUGAUGCAGCUUUAAGCAAGUAUUUUCCAGAUGGUAUUGAUGUUUACCUAGACAAUGUUGGUGGUAAAAUGCUUGAAGCUGUACUUAAUCAUGUCAACAUGAAUGCUAGGAUACCACUAUGUGGGAUGAUAUCUCAAUAUAAUAAGGUUUGGACUGAAAGAGAUGGUGUUAGGAAUCUUUUGAACAUUGUGGGAAAGGAGGUGAGGAUGGAGGGUUUUAUGAUUAAAUCAUAUUUACAUCGAUUUGGAGAUUUUGUUAAAGAUAUGGAAGGAUACUUACAAGAAGGCAAGAUUAAGCCAAAGAGUAAAAUCAAUAUUGGAAUUGAGAGCUUUUUGGAGAGCUUAAACUCCGUAUUCUCUAGCUCUAAUAUCGGAAAAGUUGUUGUUCAAGUUAAGACUUAAUGUAUGUUUGGUAUGACAUUGUAUUUAAUAAAAUUACAACGGCACUGUAAUUUUAUCAUCCAAAUUCGCUACAAAACUAAAUAUGCACUUAUGCAUGAUAAUAAUGUUUGUACUAUUUGAGCACAAUAUACGUUGAACCGUUUUUUCUUUAUUGUGUGUAUUAAAGUCAUACUUUGCUCUUCAAUUGUGCAAAAAUUAAUGUUAGAGGUUCUCUUAGAAAGGGCAGGUUCUUGGAGAAAUAAGUAUAUUAGUGUUUGGGGGUUGGAUUGUGU